UUGGUAUUGUCUGUAACGGAUAAGUACAUAAGGCUUCAAAGGGAUUUUGUUAUUACCGUGGUGCUACAUUAAGUAAUGUUGGUAUUAGCUAUUGUGUAAAGUUUGUAGUAGUGAGUAAAAUUGAUUCCUGUAAAAAUGAACGAUUGUUUGAUUUCAUACAAUUCUUCUGGUGGUGUUCAGUUUAUUAUUUUUGCUAAUAACGGUCACUAUUUAGAAAUUAAGGCUUUGCAUGUCCUUUGUUUUGGGACAGAAUUCGUGAAUUGCUGUUAACAGGACUGGUUUUGACUGCGUGUUGUUUUAAUGGCUAGUAAAGAAGCCUGUAACAAAAAUAUAAAGCCUGAAAUUGACGUAGAUAUGCGUCAGAAACAUUCAAAGAGAAAACAGAAAAAUUUUAGGAAAAAGAAAAGGGACUGUAAUGCUUGGCAUAUUUCACACGCGGUUCCUCAGCCUUUUGGCGAUUCCUCACAGUGUAACUGGUUUUGGGAGAACUACUAUAAUGCUAUAGAAUGGCAAGAACGCCAUCAGGUUGCAUAUUGGAAAUCCCGGUCAAUUGCACUUGAAUACGAAAAUACUUUAUUACACCAGUAUGUACAAAGCCUGAUAUGUAAUGGUGGAAAUCCAGUGUGUCAUACGAUACAUAAACGUGUUCCAAAAGUUUCUAAAAUCUGUAGUAUUCCUUCUCCAGAGGAACAGAUAUGGAACACAAAAGAACAGCAGCAGGGAAAACCCAGUAAUAGUGCAGAACAGUGUAAAGGCGACAGUUCAAAUCAAGACGAGUUUGAAUUUCAAAUAACAGAAGAGAUGAUGGACUUCUUUGAGCAAAGCAUUCGACAUAAAAUGGAACUCAUAUAACAUCCCACACAACUGCAAGGCUAAUGGGGACUGCGAGGUGGGAUUAUGAUGGAUCAUUAUGAUAAAUGCCACAGACCAAGACCACCACCAUCAUUGUGUUCUAACAUCUGUGGCUUCAGAGGAAAGCAACGUGAAACAGAAAGGAAGAUUGCUGAGAAAGAGAAAGGUUUUGAUCAUGCAGCCAUGCCUCCGCGAAAACAAGUCGGUCUUCAGAGAACUCGGGAAAUGAAACUGAUGUACGGUGAAGCUGCACCAAUGAUUUUAGGAAUGGAAACUGCCAUGCAACUUGGUUUUGACAGAAAUUGUGAUUUGAGACAGCCAAAACUUUGGCCAAACAUCCCUCUGAAAUUGUGAUAACAUUUUUUGACUUUAUUGGCAUGAAGUAAGAAGGUCGUGGAAUUUUUGUGUGGAUCGGUGUUGUUUGAAACUGCCCGUCCCUUUUUAUUAUACAAAUAAAAGCAUUUAUUGUAUUAAUUUCUGUUUCAGUCCAUUCUGUAUAAACAGUAAAGUGUGAUGGAUUUUGGCAUGUGGGAUAGCUAUACAGAGCCAUCUUAGAUGACUGAAUCCAUUGCAUAAAAUUAUAUUAAGUAUGUAGAAAUGUUCUUUUCAAAUGUCUUGUAAAUUCUGUCUUAAAAUAUGUUGAGUUGGCCAUGUUGAAAACAUAAUGUGUAAUGAAUAUUUCUGUCUUCUGGGUUGUUGCGCUGUGUAGUCUGGUCGAUGCUAACCAACGAAUUCAUCGCCCUGAUGAUGGAGGCAGGAGACAGGAAACAGGAGUGUUAAUCACUCGGUCGCAACGUUCGGUUGAUCUGACAUGUACAAGUACAAGUAGUUAAAUAUCUACCAAUGAUUCGUAGUGACUAAGCAUGCUUUAAAAUUACACACAAGACAUAAAAACUUCAAUAAUAUUAAUUAAUUCAGACACAAUAUCAUAAACUCUGACUGUAUUUCUAAAAGUGUUAACACGCGAAUUCAACUGGAUCUAGAUAAGGUCAAUUUUCUCAAAUCCAGCUGCAGUUACGGCAGG